GGACCCCGCCCCUGCCUUUCAUUGGCCCCCGCCCUGACACGUGGGGGUCGGGGCGCGGACGCGGCCGGCCUGGGCGGGGGAAGAGCUCCGCGGACUCCGGCCUGUGGGUCGCAUGGACACCCUGGCGCUGGGCCGGUGGCGUCGGCGGAGGCUGGAGGAGCUGCAGGUUCCGGGGGACGCGAAGCGGGCCUGCCGGAGCUCGGACGCAGCUGCGCAGUGGCGGGGCUGCCCGCAGGUGCCGGCCGGCGCCCGGGGGCCCUGCCGGGGCGGUGAGGAGCUGGAGGCGCCGCCCCGAGGCCGCCUGCCCACGCCGAGGCCAGACAGCAGCCCGGGGCCACCGACUGCCGGGAUCCCUCCGAGCGGCGGAAGGAGCCCAGCCCGGCCCUGCCCGAGGUGCCUUGCAGGGGAAUCUGGACACUUCAGCCACACCGGGAACGCCUAGACGGGCGAGUCGGCAAAGGCACACUCCCGUUUUGGUCGUGAGCCUCCACGUGGCGGCGAAUGCGAACCUCUCACGGACCGAUGGGGGUGCCCACCUGUCCCCUCCGCCAGGUGACCCGCCGUCCUCCGCGAUCCAGCUGAGCACCCGGUGACUUCCAGAGGGCCUGCGCACUGCCAGCACUUCCGAAGCCUUCUCCCCGUGUGUCUCGGCUGAGAGGGAGCCCAACGGUAUCUUCCAGAAACUUCGGCCUCAAAUUCCCGUGGGGUUGCAGAGCCCGUGGCUCGCGGAGGGAGCCGCAGCCCGAUGAGGCCUCGCCUUACGCAUCCCAGGGGCCCUGUGGGUGCCCCAGCGCUGCCGUGCACUCUUUUCUAGUGGAAACCCUUAUUUUUGUAUUCCGUGCCCUGUAACCUGGAACCGGUUUUAGUAAAUUCUCGCAUCCAAA